AUGAGUCGUGUGUUCGCCUCGCCGCUGCACGGCGGCCUCGAGUUCGACGGCGAAGAGGAAUGCUACAAAACGAGCACGGGCUUCGAGUUCCACCCGGGGUCGUGCGCCGCGAAAAACUCCAUCAGGGAACGCCUCAACGCACACUUCGCUCCCUCGCUCGCCGAGCCGCGGAUACCGGUGGCGGAGGCGCUGGAGCGGGCGUGCAAGCUCUCGGUCGAGUGCAUCAAGACCGAGGAGCUGCAGGCGUUGCUCGAGCGGAAGGACUACGUGCCGAUCAGCUACGAUGGCUUCGAGCCCUCGGGCAGAAUGCACAUCGCCCAGGGCAUAUGCAAGGCCCACAAGGUCAACGAGCUGAAGAAGAUGGGCAUCCGCAGCGUGAUGUGGAUCGCCGACUGGUUCGCCGUGCUCAACGACAAACUCGGCGGCGACAUGGCGAACAUCAGGCUGGUGGGCGAGUACUUCAAGCAGGUCUGGCGCGCGUCGGGGAUGGACAUGUCCGCCGUUGAGUUCCUCUGGGCGAGCGAGGAAAUCAACAAGAACCCCGACCUCUACUGGAGGCUCGUCAUGGACAUCAGCCGGUCGUUCAACAUCACGCGGUUCAAACGCUGCAGCGAGGCCUUGGGGCGUGCCGAGGGCGACAACAGGCCGGCGGCGUCCCUGCUGUACCCCGCCAUGCAGUGCGCCGACAUCUUCUACAUCGGGGCGGACAUCUGCCAGCUGGGACUCGACCAGCGCAAGAUCAACAUGCUCGCCAGGGAGUACUGCGAACUCAAAAACGUGGGCGCCAGGCCGAUCAUCAUGUCGCACCACAUGAUGCCCUCGCUCGCGCACCAGGGGGGCAAGAUGUCCAAGUCGGUGCCGAACUCGGCCAUCUUCAUGGAGGACACGGAGGCGGAGGUCAACGCCAAGAUCAAGAGCGCAUGGUGCCCGGAGAAGGAAGUGACGGACAACCCGUGCAUCGCCUACUUCGACCUCAUCGUGUUCCCGCAUUUCAAGACGGUCACCAUCCCGCGGAAGCCCAAAAACGGAGGCGACGUGACCUACGACUGCCAGGAGAAGUUGGAGGAGGACUACAAGUCAGGAGCGCUGCACCCCGCCGACCUCAAGCCGGCGCUGGCCAGCUACAUCAACCGCCUGCUGCAGCCCGUCAGGGACUACUUCCAGAACAACCCCGAGGCCAGCAAGCUCGCGAAGCAGGUCGCGGAGCUGCAGAAGCUCAAGGCACCGGCGGAGGAGAAGGACAAAUAG